GUGCUGCCAAUCAGUGCCGCCUAUCAGUGCCAGUCAGCGCCACCUAUCAGUGCCAUCAGUGCCGCCUAUCAGUGCCACCUAUCAGUGCUGCCUAUCAGUGCCAUAUAUGAGUGCUGCCUUUCAGUGUCCAUCAGUGAUGCCUGUCAAUGCCCAUCAGUGCCACCUACCAGUGCCUCUUCAUCAGUGCCACCUAUCAGUGCCCAUCAGUGCAGCCUAUCAGUGCCCACCACUGCAGCCUCAUUAGUGCACAUCAGUGAAGGAGAAAAAUCAUUUAUUGACAAAAUUUCUAUA